AUGGCACGCAAAUUAAGCCACCAAAGGGUCACUUAUGUGCUCCCUCCCUCUGAUGCACCCGGUGGUCAUCGGCUGGGCGUCAAUGGCUUAGCGAUCGACUCAGCGAGUUCCAUUCUUUACUCGGCUGGUCGCGAUGGAGUGAUAUGCUCAUGGGACCUUGACCUUCCCUCUCUUACCUCGUCUUCGUCCUCAGCCCGGCAACCUGGUCCUACAAAGUUUCGAAACCAGGUCCAGGCGCAUACGCAUUGGGUCAACGAUAUUGUCUUAACACAAAACAACUCUGCCCUCGUUACGGCUUCGUCUGACACUACGGUCAGGUUAUGGCGGCCUCACUCCGAGUCCACUGAUGUCCCGGAGCCGAUUGGUAAACACACUGACUACGUUAAGGCUCUUGCGAGCCCGGGUUCCCAUUCGACCUGGGUUGCAUCAGGUGGCUUGGAUCACAAGGUCAAUCUGUGGGACCUCAAUGGAAAUGGGCAAAUCCUCAGUAUAGGCGCGUCGGGCGCGGAGCGGAGUGCCAAGGGCUCUGUUUACGCUUUGGGCGCUGUAUCCUCCGUCAUUGCCAGCGGAGGGCCGGAGAAAUUGGUGAGGGUGUGGGAUCCAAAGUCCGGAAAAUUAAUCACCAAGUUUGUCGGACAUACGGAUAAUAUCCGGGACAUUCUCAUUAACAGUGAUGGCGAUACAAUCAUGACGGCUUCGUCCGACCAAACCGUCAAGAUCUGGUCUCUGACGGCGGGUAGAUGCAUGCACACGUUGACCAUGCAUAACGACAGUGUCUGGUCGCUGUACUCUAACCAUCCGAAUUUAUCUGUCUUUUAUUCCAGUGACCGGUCCGGCUUGGUUGCCAAGACCGAUACAAGAAAUGUUUCUGAUAUUGAACAGGGUAUCUGCGUGGCUGCAUUGCAAGAGCACGAGGGAGUAGUCAAAGUCGUGGCAGCUGGAGACUAUAUCUGGACUGCAACACCGAAAUCCAGUAUCAAUCGCUGGAGCGAUGUCGAUACGGCUGCUGAGAUCGAUGCUCCCAGAGCCCGUGGUGGUCCAGACUCUGACGCUGCACAGUCAGAUGACAAGUCGCCGCCAAAGGAAAAGCCAACUAAGGUACCAUUUGAAUCGCUUUUACUUCUCUCAAACACAUCUACGCUACCUAGUUCACGGAUACCUCAAGGCGAUUCCGCCUCGAAUGGGCAGUCAUCCUCACCACGGCAGGAUAUCGAUGAUGAGCUGGGCCUCACGCUUCCCGCUUAUUCUCUGCCUGAGGAGACAGUGGAAGGUCAGCAUGGACUGAUCAAGUACUGUCUCUUGAAUGACCGGAAACGUACACUAACCCAAGAUUCCGCGGGCGAAGUUGUUUUGUGGGACCUGCUUAGGUGUGUACCUAUCAAGUCAUUCGGCAAGCGUCAUAUGGACGAUGUGGAAUUAGAGGUCAACACUAAUGAGAGCGUUGCGCACUGGUGCACGAUCGAUAUUCGGACGGGGAGGUUGUCUGUAAUACUCGAACCAGGCCGGUGCUUCGACGCGGAGAUUUACGCAGAUGAGGCUGAUCUAGCGGACUAUUCACAAAUCCGCGAAGACCAAAGAUUGAACCUGGGGAAAUGGGUCCUCCGAUGGCUCUUCGCUCCAUUGGUGGAUGAACUUGUCAAGCGUGAUGCUGAGUACCGUGCCGAAGCGAAAGCCCGAGCAGAGGAGAUGGUCAAAUCUCAUAGCGUGUCCGCGCCAGUGGAUAUUCCUGGGAAGUUGACCGUGCCAAUACCAUCAGACCCGUCUGCCGUUCCGGGACGUGAUUCGAUUGCCAGUCCUACAACUCCCUUUAGCAUAGGCUUAGCAACAACCCCUGGUUCAUUGACCUCGUCGGUGCUCAACCAUGGACAUAGCUACAACAACCUGGGAAUGUCUCCUGGGGAAUCUUACGAUCAUUUGACGUCGCAUCAUAGUGUCGAUAUGGCUCGGAGCUCAAUGUCGGAUAGGUCAAGUGACUACUUUUCGUCCCCGAAAUCGCAUGCAGCGAUCGAUAGUGACAAGCCGUUGCCUACACCGGGCGAGCAGACGCCAACUCCCGCUGCAGCCAGUGAGCCUGAUAAAGAGGAGCGUAAAAAGGGCGGCUCACUCUUUGGCAAGAAGUUCCGAAUGGACUUUCCCAAGAAGCUAGGACGCACUUCGUCUGAAGUCAAGCCCCAGAUCCAGGAGGAGAAGGCGGAGGAACCAGAAAAGACGUCGGUGAAAGAAGAGAAAGUUUUCGAGAACAAUCUCAGCGGCUUGAUUGAUCGGACGCGUCAUGAGUAUGAGGAAUACCUCACCGCUAAUCCGGGCCAGGAGUUAGUAUCUGCAUUUACACCUAGCGACGAGAGCGAAGCACCAGCGCUGGAUAUACCGGCCCGCACGGUGGUUUUUAUUCAGGAAGAGUCAGGAGACUCCGUCGUGGCUUCGGAUAUCUACAGGGGUACUCUGGAGAAUAUCAGUCAGGAUCGAGAGAAGCUUGAGAAGACGGUGCCGUUAUGGCUAGGCGAUCUGCUGCUGAAGAACCAAAUGCCUAUCAAGGAGCCUGUCAAAAUCGCAUUUACGCUAAGGCCCUACGAUGACCUAUUGCCCCCUGUCGUCAAACCAGAGACACCAAGCCUCAAUGGCACAUCCAACAACUCCCGUCUGAAUGCGAACCGGAUGCUUCGAGCCAAGAAGAUCCUGGCGUACGUAUCAGAACGCAUUGAAGAGCCAACCAACGACCCGCUGCAGGACGCACUCAAACCGGAGGAGUACCUUGAGCUGUACUGCCAGAACAAGCUCAUACCCCCAAAUAUGACCCUCGCCACCAUCAGGGUCACUCACUGGCGAAACGCCACUGACAUGGUCCUUCACUACAAGGCCAACGGUAAGAAGGCGAUCCGGCUGAUAGGAUCUGCGAAUGACGCCAACGGUCAGGGUGAAGCCCAAUCCAACCAGCAAUCUCAGUCGGAAUCAUGUGCGGUCCCUAAUGGUGAGGAAGCGAGUGCUUCACAUGGCAGCACAGCUUCAGGUUCGGUGUCUACAAACAUUAAUUGA